UUUGUUACAAUGGACUAACCUGAUUAGAAAUCAUGCAAACUCCUGUUGCUCUGUAGCUGUAUUCCCCCACAGGCUGUAUUGGAGCUCUCUAACCAGUCCCACAGCAUUGAAUGAUGUCAUGGGAUCUGCAGCUCAGCGAGAUGAAAGGGAUAAAGCGGAACCCGCUGGCACUGGGGAACGCUUCCAACACACAAUCCACAACACAGCUUGGGAACUCAAAAGCUACGGAUCCAGCCACUCAACUCGAAGCGUUUAAGAAUCAUGUGCAUUCUCCCAGCACAAGAAAGGAAAGGGGGGGGAAAAAGUUAGUGAUCGAUUUUUAACAAAAGAACUAGAGCACUGAAAGGCGGGAUUUAAGAGUGCAAGUACCUGCUGCAAAAGCUCUUUUUUCCCCUCCAAAGCACCGCCUUUGAUGUAUGGCAACUGAUCAGUGAUCAGAUUACAGGCAUUUGGUCUCAGUGCUCGUCUGCCUUUGAUCUGCAUGGUUAAUUUUAUUUUCCCGGAUUUGGAGUUUCGUCUGGGCUUGUGCUGACAUACUUUUUUUUUUUUUUCUAAGGAGCUAAAAGCAUUUAACACAGAAGCUCUGGCAGUGUGAAAUUAAGUUGCAGAAAGCCUGGGCACUGGAAAACUUCAUCAGAUAACAGGGAGAAAAGUUUAGUUGGAAGAAAUGGAUGCUAAAGGAUUACCUGGAGAAGAUAAAAAACUGAAGACGGUUAUUAUUUUACUAGCAUAUUCGCUAAGUAGGGUAAUUUGUGAGACUGGAGACUGCAGAGAGCAAGAAUUUAAGGACCAUGCUGGGAAUUGUGUCCUCUGCAAACAGUGUGGACCUGGAAUGGAACUGUCAAAGGAAUGCGGCUUUGGAUAUGGGGAGGAUGCACAGUGCAUGACAUGCAGGUCAAACAGAUUCAAAGAAGACUGGGGCUUUCAGAAGUGCAAACCUUGUCUGGAUUGCGCACUAGUCAACCGGUUUCAGAAGGCCAACUGUUCUGCCACGAGCAAUGCCCUGUGUGGAGACUGUUUACCAGGAUUUUAUAGGAAAACAAAGCUUGGAGGCUUCCAAGAUAUGGAGUGUGUUCCUUGUGGUGAUCCUCCCCCUCCCUAUGAACCUCACU